AUUCUUUUCUUGUUUCGUUAUAAAGGAGGGUCUCAUGCGUAUCUGAAGGCUCGUAAUGCCGAAUAUAGUGACAUAGUCUCACGAGGAGAAAGUGGUUUUAUUCCAGACCGCGCUGCGACCGUAUUGUAUAGUUAAAUCUUUACAACACGCGGAAAUAUUAUAUAAGACGUUUUUCUGCGACACUGUUUAUCCCGUCGCAACAAUCUCAGAUCUUUACACUUUAGGUGUCUCACGUCAAUAAUUAAUGACUGCCAUUAAACGAACGACAGAAAAUUUGAAUCUAAAAUAGUCCUAAAAAAUAAAUUUUUAUCCUCGUAAUUUCCGAACAAGAAAUCACAAUUACCAUCAUAUUUAUCUAAAAAUAAGAUCUAUUUUUUUUUAUUAUCGUGUAAAUACUUUAAUAGUUUAUAAUAUUUUUAAUUUAAUCCCAUCACAAGAAAAAAUCGAGCGGAAUAUGAAUAGCAUCCUCUCUCUUACGCGAAAAUAAUAGCACGUUGAACCGUUGCAAACGUUCGGAAAAAUGGCGUGGGAUACGAAGAUGAGUCCGCGCUAAGUCGGUCGAUGUACCUCUAUUAAUUGCAACGCUCAUAAACACACUAUGGUCCGGAAAAUUACUUAGCGGCGUUAUAAUUAUGCAAAUUGAUCGAACGGUGCCGUAAUACCCUCGCAUUAAGCGCCCCAUCUUCCGUUUAUGGUAUAAGAGAGAUUUAGCGCAAGAACCCGCGACGCGCGACGAAAGUAAUCGCGCAAUUCAUGUGACCCAAGCUGUAGCUCGUUAUCAGAUUUCAAUCGAGUGUCUGUAAAACGAUUUCGUGAUAAUCCAAGCGAUAUGUCCUAAUGUAACGCAAUUUUGGAAGAGUAUCUUGUAAUAGUUAUAUCCAAUCAUACAACGCAAACGAUAAGGCACGUUUUAACGCAAAACACGAUAAUUUUAUCGAUUAACAUUUUGAAUCUAUUAAUAUUUUGCAGUCUGCUAAUUAUAAAAAUAAUAAAAACGAACUUUGGCAAUUGGUAACAAUAAUAAUUAUUUCUAUAAAUUAUAUAUAUAUUUUUUUUCUUUUUAUAUUUAUUGGCAUAAAGAGAAGAAAUUAUUAGGAGAUUUUAAUUAAAAGACAUAUUUGUGCACACUGUCAAUUUUUAUUAUUAAAAUUUUACUCUGUAAUUGCAGGUCGAAAUUAUCUCGACGCGACUUUAACGGCACUUGUGUAACGUGUAUCUUUUGGUGUCUCGAAUUUUUUCUCGAGUAACCGUGUUUGCGAAUUGUACAAGCUACGAGAAAUAUUUACAAUUGCCUCCCCCCGGCGACGUGUGUUUACAAAUCUGGUCAAUUCGCACGCGAUUUACUCCAAAUAUCAGGCACGAAGUCAAAAAAUCACGCAAUCAUCGCAGGAAGGCGCGGAACUGUUUGUUUCGGUGGAAGAAAUUAUUGACAGUACACUCAGAAUGUACACGAAUAUCCUUCGAUAACACGAAUCCUCGUGCAAACAGACGACACGUGUUCUUGAUAUUUUUCGUUCCCGAAGUAGUGUAGGCGCCGGUGUUACAUUAUUCACCGUUAGACCCGCGCGAAAUCAAAUCCCGCUGAGUUCACUGAUACCAACCGUGAACCGGGAUUAUUAAAACGAUAGUUCCGGAACUUUCUGAGUUCCUGCGCGUCAAAAAUUGACACCGUGAUUUGAUGGAGGCUAAUAUACUCAGCAUAAAUCAAAUUGAUUAGCACCCCUAUCUACGCUUCACUGAUCCCUGCGCAAACUAAUAUCCUGCGGUAUUAAAUGCGUAGGAUACACCUUUUGAUAGUCUCGUUUACUGAACACUGCACGUUUUUUUUUUCACAUUACAGCACGAAUGUAGAAUUUAUUUGAUAAAAUUACAAAAUAAGGCGCGGUAUUUGUGGAUUGUUAUUCGCGUUUAUCAAUAUUCAUCUUGUUGUAUUAUUUUUCCAACUGACGUAAUUUUAGUUGAAUGGAAAUUAUAUAAAAUGUCUCUCCCUUUAUGAGGAUUCUUGUACGAUAACGCAGAUCGAAACUGAGAAGAAAAUUAUCAAGAGUUAACUUACAAAAGAAAAAAAGGAAAGUAAUAAAUGUAAUCAAAAAAUCGAUUCUCGUAAUUUCGCAGUUUUGCUCGUUGAAAUUUUUUCCCAAGUACCCCGUUAACGCGGUACUGGUUUCUAUAGCGAUAUAUCUGACAUUAUCAGCUGAUUAGCGUAUAUGACAUAUGGUCACCGUUGAUUUUAUUAGAUUAUCUGCAACUUAUUUUCAGCCGUGCAUUGUCCACGAGCGUUAGAUAACCACAAGACUGCGAACUGUCACGAGAAAAUAUUCAAGAUACAGCGAUGUCAUCAGAGUACUCAUUCUGUAGCGAGGGAGGUUUCGAUGAACUCUCGAGUUCCUCCGAUUCCGGUUUCGAUGUUAGCUUCGAAUCACCAAAACACGAAGUCCCAACCGACACUCUGUAUUCUCCGGUUAAAGAAGAAAAACGUAAAAAAACGCGAAACACUCGUUGCAAAAGUCCUACGCAGAUGCUCCGAUUAAAGAGGAAUCGACGGAUAAAGGCGAACGACCGCGAGCGUCACAGAAUGCACACUCUAAACGACGCCCUGGAACGUCUCAGGAUGGCCCUGCCGACCUUCCCCGAGGACACGAAGCUCACAAAGAUCGAGACGCUCCGGUUCGCGCACAACUACAUCUGGGCGCUGUCGCAGACCCUGGGCAACAACGAAGGCGGUGAGAUCACGGUGAACGUCGGCAACGUUACCGUCAGCAUCACCGAGAACGGCAACAUGAUCACUUCGUCGUCCGGGAGCUGCGCGGUGGCGGCCCAAAAGAGGCUCGGCCCUCAGCAUACCGCGGGUUUCCCGUAUCCACCCCAGGAGCGAUUUAUCGCGCCGGAAUGGCAGGAGUACGAUUGCUACAGCGAUCAGAGCGUGAGCCCUCCGAUGCAGUACCAGGCCUGCUACGAUCAAAGGAUGUACCAGGUGCACCGUCCUCAACAUCAUCUAGCGCCGCCGUCUCAUCAUCAUAUGCCUCAUCACAACAAUAUGUAUCAGUGUCUUUAAACGUCGACAAAGUGCAGAUAAAUUCUAACGGUUUCUUCAGUGUUGAUUAUCUCUGUCCAUAAAUCCAGCUCAGCCUUAGUCUCUCUGUUACGAAUAAUGGAAGAGAUAAGAAACGAUUUUCUCCUGGAACUUAAUCAAAAGAAUUAACCGCAGGAAGAGGUUGAAUGUAAUUGUAACUGAAGAGUGUUUUUUUUUUUUUUUUCCAAAAAGUUGCCGUGAUUGUAAAAAAACAAGGACAGUGCUAUGAUUAUCGUUAUCUACUUUGUAAGAGAGUACUUUAUUCUAGAAGAGUAUCAAAUUGCUUUUACUUACGAUGUAAGUCGAUUAGAAAGGUUUUUCUGUUCUGAUCCUCAAUAUUAUGUUAUACAUCAAUCAGAAGGACGGUAAAGCAUAUAAUCAAGGAAAAGAAUAAUAUUACACAAGAUUAAUUCUUUUAUUUCAAAAUUGAUGAAAAGGAAUUUUUAUAUUAAUAUUAGAAAAUAGUUUAAUUUAAUGUUUCAGUGCAGAAAAAAAAGAAAAUAUUGGCUUUACUACUAAAGAUUAAUUAUAGAUAAUUAAUGAAUGAUGGAUUUCUUAUGUUUUAAAUAUCAUACUGCGUUCCUCUUAUUCUAGUCAGCAAUAUUCUUAGUUGAUCUCGAGCGCUCGAUCUCAUUUUUGUUCAACAUAUUUUAAGAUAUACAUAUAAGCUUUUAAGUUAAUUUAAAAAAUAUAUAUAUAUAAUGCCUACCACAGUGCUCUUAUUAUAAUACGCAACUGCUGAAUCAGGGAACAUAUUGUAUAUAAUUUAUACCUAAUCAAUAAAAACAUAUUUUAUCUAAAUUUCAUUUUAAGUUAUUCUUUAUCAGCUACAUAUUAUAAUUACACCUUAU